AUGAAGCAUCAUCGUAGCGGACACACUGCGAGCGACCCCGCAAGCGGCGACAACUGCCCCGUUCGUUUGUGCCACAAAUUGUUGUGUGACGGAGGCGGCGGCGGAGUGCGGCUCAACCGGGCUCCAUUCUCAUUCCCCGCUAGUUCACCCGACACUAAGAGGAUGAUGGCUCCCGAGACAGUAGUAACCGUGGACCCUAACAAGCCUUCGCCGCAGCAAGCGCCACCUCCGCAGCAGCAGGGCGGGCCGUUAGACUGGAUCAAAAUUAAUGUUGACUAUUUUAAAUCGCCGCCGGGAUUGUUGAAAAUCGUUCAAUUGAUCAUCGGCAUCCUGUGUAUGGCACUAGGUUCACCUUGGGCCUCGGCAUGGUUCGUUUUCGUGGCGGUCACAUCGUUCAUCACCACGCUCAUGUGGAGUUUUGUAUACCUGCUCAGCAUCAGGGAGGCCUUGAAACUACCCAUCAAUUGGGUUUUGUCUGAAUUGAUCAGUACGAGCUUAGAGACAUUCUUCUACCUCAUAGCCUUCAUAGUGAUGUUCACAACUGUGACAGGACACUAUGCGAGCAAUGUUGCCGCUGCCGUUUUCGGUAUGUUCAACACUAUCGCAUACGCGGGCAGUUCUUUUCUGCUGUUCAGAGAACACAAGGCGAGCGUCGCGGCGGCCUCG